AUGCCCUAUAGGCGUACGAUUACGCUUCAUUUGCUUGUGGAUUUGGAUGCGCAUCAAUUUCUCUACACCGAGUUCGCACAAUGGCAGCCGCAAGACAUGGCCAUUCAUUUCUAUUCUAUCGAACUGUACAUGGCACAAGUGCAAAAGUUUGCCUCCAGUCACUAUUCCGGCAGUCGGAGUUAUAUAAAACUGUUGUUACCCCAAAUCCUACCACCGAGUGUCGACAAGGUAAUCAUGUUAGACGCAGAUAUGCUACUAGCCAAAAGCGUGUACUCACUUUGGGGAUUAUUUGAUCAGUUCAAUGAUAGCCAAGGUUUCGGUUAUAAUGCCGGUCUUAUUUUGUUGGAUUUAAACAAGUUACGAACUUUGAAUUGGAGACGAAUUUGGGAAGAUGUGUACACGGAGUUGGCUGAUGCUCUUGGUGGAAUAUUGCCAACCGCAGAACAAGACGUGCUAAAUCGGAUAGUACAUCUCAAUCCCAAAUAUCUGUUUGAUAUGCCCUGUACGUGGAAUGUCCAGUUGGCUUCAUUCAGUCUUGCACAUCGUUGUCCCAUCGUUUGGUCUUUCACCGAGGAAGGCCGUCAGUUAGCGAAUGCUUCCGGUGUGCGAGAGACCGAAUUGAUGCACUUUAACGCUCAAUUCAAACCGGAAUUUUCGUAUCCGAAACCAUGGCGAACCCCAAAAGUCGUUGAUGAUGGACAUGUUUUGACUGGUAUCGAACGUGCUCGGAAAUAUUUCGAAUUCUAUUAUCUUCUGCGCGAUACAGACAUCUCCUGUUUUCGCUAA